UAUUUGUUCUCGGUCAUUUGAUUUAUAACACAUAUUGUUCUUCCUACAGCUAAUAUCCCUUGUUCGUGUUUGGGAAUUUUCUUUUAUAACUAAGAAGCGGAGACAAUUCGGAAUAUGUUGUGUCAUCGUUUCCUGCGAUGUUUCAUGUUUCUCCGUCUACACGCUCUGCUGCUGGCUAACUCUCUGUUGACAGGUAGUGAUACAGAAAUCUCUGUUCCGCCUCAAAACCACACAUUAAGCAACAAUCCGAGAAUUCUUAGAGAUAUUCUAAAUCAAGAGACCUUGGUGCGUUUUUCGAUGAUUCAAAAAAUGCAAGUAUUUACGAUGGAUAUCAUCGAAAUCAAGAGGAAUAACAAUUUAUUGAUGAAUAAAGUUGAUGCGUUGAUGAAAGAGCAGGCAUCUGCAACUGAAAGACACUCUGUGUUAGAAAAAGAGAAUGAAAAAUUAAGACAGCAAGUGAAUGCAUUGCAGGAGAAAAGUACUGCCUUGGAUACCACCGACAAGAACUGGGAAAACAUGAUUGGAACACACGAUGUCGAAAUCACAAAUUUGCAAGAUAUAUAUGGAAACAUUACAAAAGAUAUCGGAGAAUUAAGACAAUCUUUGUAUGGAAACGUCAGAAAAGAUAUCGGAGAAUCAAAGGAAUCGUUGAGUGAUAUGAAUCGAAGACUGGACAGCUGGAAUACUUCUAUCACACAUUUCUUAUCUGACAGAGAAAAUGUGAUGCCGGAACACGUUGCCUUUCAUGCAGUGGCAUACAGUUCUACAAGUGUCGAUGACAUCAUAUUCGAUCACGUGAUAACAAAUAUCGGUGGUGGAUACGACAAUGCUACUGGAGUUUUUAUUGUACCCACAACAGGACUGUAUGUGCUCUCCUGGACGAUAGAGGCACACGGACGAUUAACAGAGGGGGUUCUUCUUGUUAACGGGGUGCAGGAAGGACUGACAAAGGCUCAUGAAGUCUCCUCACAUUACGACACAACGACCUCUUUUGCCGUCCUUAACCUUACAGUAAACGACACAGUGUGGGUCAGGGUCAUUACAGGCCGUGCAGAGGCCAGACAUACUAUGUUCUCUGGCUGGAAGAUCAAUAAAACGGGUACAUAUACCGCAUUUAAUGCUCUCCUUUCACGUGAUGUAAGUGGUUAUCAUAUCGUGUAUGACAACGACACUUUAGACACACACAAUGCCUACUCCACCUCCACUGGAAACUUCGUGGCGCCUCGUUCUGGUCUUUAUGUUUUUAUGAUGUCAGCAGUUAAUUUUGGAAAGUUUGAUUACAAUUGCUGGAUUCGUUUUAGUAAUGGCAAUUCUCAGCCGAAUGUUUGGGUGGAUUCGCAAAGCGGGUAUUACGAUAGCAGCAGCUUCAUGACAUUUGGUUGGUUAAAUGCCGGUGAAUAUGUGUAUGUGGACGCAGAUAGAAUGAGGAAGACUUCUGUGUUCGCAGGAUGGCAACUUGUGGAUGACAUGAGCGUGUCCAAGUCGACAUAUCCAGCAUUUAUUAGUCGUUUAUCGAGUCGCUACUCCGGAACACCUGUCCUCUUUAAUCAAACGUUCUCCGGAUAUCACCAUGGUUAUUCAGUUACCACUGGAAUAUUUACUGCAGAUCGUGAUGGAGUAUACGUGUUUCUGUACAAUAUAGAGGCUUAUAACGAAAUUGUGCUUACGACACUGAGAGUCAACGGAGUGGAUAAAUUCGAACUGAGGUCAGCUGGACGCAGUACUGAGUAUGACGACACUUCCGCUGUUUCUGUGCUCCAGUUAUCAUCCGGUGAUCAAGUCUCUGUUGGACUUAAACAUGGCACAGUGGACGAUGAUGAAUCUCUUUUCUUUGGUGUACUUCUGUUUGAGAUGUAACUUUUCUUUGGUGUACUUCUGUUUGAGAUGUAACUUUUCUUUGGUGUACUUCUGUUUGAGAUGUAACUUUUCUUUGGUGUACUUCUGUUUGAGAUGUAACUUUUACUCCAUCAACAUUGACUGCCAUAGCAAUAAAAUACUGAAACUCUUUUCUCCAUUUACUGCGAAAUCAUUGUUUAACGUUUCGUUACUUUAAAACAGCGAGAGGAUAGCCUUCGCCUGUAACUUUAGUUUUUGCACACCAUCUUUCAUAAUCAAUAAUCUCCUAUUCUAAAAAGACGAAUCUGUUUAUCCGUUGCUUCAUUACAAGUGUUUUGCCCUGAAAAGAUUUGCUUUGGGAGGGACAUAUCAUUUACAGUUUGGGGGUGUAUAUGAAUGGGUGAAUUUCAUUGUGGAUCAGCUCUUUGGACGAAUAGGACAUGUCCUAAUUCGCUCCGCUCUUAACAUUGAUUGGCAAGCUUAAAAAUUAAAACAACAACAUGUAAUCUGCGUUGUAAAUACGUUGGUAGAUUUAGUGUAGAGUUAGUGUUAGGUGUAUUUAUAGGUAGUUUUGUUGUUUUAUUAUUCUCUGUUAAUAUUGGCCACAUUCUGUAAUUCUUUUCGCUUUUACUCAAGAAGGACAGAUCGUCCCGAAAAUCCAUAUUUUGUCGAUGAUUGAAAUAUUUUACAGGAUACAGUUAACAAUUCUUUACAUAUUUUCACUCGAUGUACAGUUAUGACAUCAUCAAUUUGCUUUCAUAUUGAUCAGGUAUGGCUUACAGGACGGCAGGAGGAGAUGCACAUUUCUUUAGCUGUGGUUUAUUUUCACAAUACAAUGAUUUAAAAUGUAAUUUGAAUAACUUAUAUUAAAGAUGUUCGAACCU